UAAAAACAAAUUAUUCUGGGCUCCCCGCAGGUGUCUCUUCUUCUCCCAGAGCUGUAGGGCAUACAGUCUACAGUGACAUAGCUCACAGCGCCACUCCUCCAAUCACUGACAAUUAGGACACUGCUGCGGGUAGUGAUUGGUGGAGCGGCGCUGUGACAUCACAUCUACAGCACAGGGAAGAAGAGUGUCUGCUGAGAUUAUGCAAACACCAACCUGCAGACGGGGUGCCCUGACACUUUCGGGGAACAAGGAAGACGCUGUUGAGUCACUUGACCUCCAGGGGACAUACAGAGAAAAAAUCCUCACCUUGGGAGAUGCAUUUAAGAACUUUAAAAGUCUUCGAUCCCUAGAUCUAUCUAGAAAUCUAAUUGUCCGCUUACAGGGCAUAGAAUAUCUACAUGCUCUUCGCUCCCUUAACCUGUACUAUAAUGACAUUGAAUCCUUGGAAGAGAUAGAGCGCCUUAGACUACUGGCACAUCUACAGACCCUAGAUCUGCGCCUCAAUCCAGUCACCAGACAGGACACCGAUUACCGCCUCAUUGUCAUCCGUACUUUAAGCAAUCUAGAGAUACUAGAUGAACGUCCAGUAAGGGACAGCGAAAGGAAAAACGCAAAGUUCAAUUUUGGAUUGAAAGACUAUAAAACGAAGGGGAUACCAGAGGAGGAAAUUGGGAGCAUAGAGAAAAAUAACUCUUUCAUCCAGAAGACAACAGCGAAAGCUCACCUGGAUUUUAAUAUGAGCAACACAGAUUUCAGCAAACUAAAUGAUCGGGAAAAUGAUCCAACAGAUUACAUGAAGAGAAUAUCCCCAUCCAAAUAUCAGACUGCAGAUCUCCAGUCAUUUGUGCAGCCGCAGAGUGAAUUUGAAGACGGUAUUGAAUACCGCCCCUUGCCUUCACCAACACGGUCAUCCUUACGUUCUCCUGGUCCCUCAUCACGUGGCAAAGAAGGGCAUCGCGUUACAUUUGCAGAGUCAACCAUAUCCGAGCUAUUUCCAAAGAAAGAGGAUUUAGCUCGACACUUAGAAAAAGAAGACAAUCUCACCUCUGUACCAAAACCCACAUCCACCAGUUCAGAUACACCUGCAUCAAUGUUUGACUUUAAAUAUACCUACCUCACGUCCACCCCUGUGAGAAAGGAGUUUACCAGCAGUGAACGCAUGAAGGUUGAUGCCUGCGCCCACAAUGACAUCAGAGGGAGCACAGAAUCCAGAGAUAGUCUUAAGCCUCCAGAGGAGUCAAACAGAGAUAGACUGCUGAGACUCAGCUCAGAUCUCUAUGUGACCACACAUUUGACUGAUCCUGCCACAUCUUCAAACUCUCUCUCUUCCUUACGAAAAGGCUUCACAGAUAUCUCAAAAACAUAUGCGCUGCCCUCUAAACCCACACUGGCAAAUACUCAUUUGUCCACAGGAAAAAGUUUUAGUCACCGUCAAUAUACCAGAGAUUACGAGAACUCCUGGAGCCCAGAUAGACCACGCAGCAUAAAGUUUGACAGCCUGUCAGUGCCUCAGAAUGGAAUGAAAAGAGCCAGCAGCCUAAAUUCUCUGCUAUCUCCUAAAGUCAGCAGUGUGCAUCAAGAGUCACAUAAUGAUGAUGCAUUAAGUGGAAAUGAGCUUAAAAAGAAAGACAGCUCCCUGAGUAGUAAUGUUCCUAGUAUCAAUGACAUCCUGCACCAGCUGAUAGACUUAGUAGACCGGUAUUGGAAUGGUUCUGGAUCCCUUCUACAGAACCAGAGGUUCCUGAGACCUGCUCAGGACCUGCUCUCACGCCUGACAUCUGUGAAACAGACAUCAUAUGUGGAUUCUGCAGUCAGCCCUGGACAAGAUGAAGAUAGCAAGACCACAGACUCUGUAAGAUUAAAGUUGAUAAAAGUCAUGGAGGAAAAUCACUUUCUGCGGACCAAGGUGUAUAAACUGGAGAACCAAACGGCUAGAAAUGAAGGGUCAUGGGGUCCAUCAUUACCCCAAGAUGAUCUUCGGCAGAAGUACGAGCAGCUGAGCCUUCAAGUAGAAUCUUUACAGCAGCAGCUGGAAAAGAGCAAUAAACUGCAAGAGACUGUUAGCCUGUUACACAACAGCCAGAGGUCAUUGGUCUGCACAAAUGAAUACCUCCUUCAACAAUUGAAUAAAGUCUUCCCAACUGUGAUCUCCAAGCCUCCUCGAGGAACUUCCCCAGACAGAACCAGAAUUACCGAAUACCUUUACUCGGAGCCUAGUGAUCCCAGCACUCCAUCUCACAGUGCUGGGCAUUAUCGGACUCCUGAGAGGCUCAGCGUAUGCCCAUUAUAAGUCCCUAUAGUAAUCAUCUCCAUCACAAUCCAGCAUUUUAUUUUUUUGCACAUUCAAUCAUGGUAAUACGUGAAACACAUCCCUAAAAUCAAAAAAGAGAAGCUAUUUAAUGAUUUUUAGUUUACAAGGUCAUCAAGUUGUUCAACAUCAACUAUUAUGUUUUUAGCAUCUUUUGGUUGGUGCCCAUUUGUGCAAGUGCCAUAAUACUAAGAAACAGCUUAUUUUAUCACAUGGCAAAAUUAUGUAGAUAUUUGUAUAAUUCAGGAAUGUUACUCGUAUUUAAGAAUUUUAUUUACAAUUUGUAUUUUUGUAAAACAGUAUUUUUAACUAAUCAUUUAGCUGACUUUUUAAAAUAAAGUACAGCAUGAAAUUUUGAUGUAUCUGCGUUCAGUGGAAAUGCCAAACCCCGUGGGUAGGGGAUAAUGGUUUGAUAAGUUCAGUUCACUACCCAUUUAAGUUGUCUCAGUGGCUCCCAUAGAAAAUGAAUGUAAUGAUGAAAUAAAUGAGUGACCCACAGGUCUACUGUUAGAUUGUAGGGGACCCCCAGCUUUUAGAUCACUCACUAACCUUUAAUUAUCUUAUAACUUUGAAAAUUGGGAAUAAACCCUUGAAGCCUACAAAAAUUAAUGGGUUAAAAUUUAAACUGCAUCUGUUUUAGUAUAGUUGAAGUGCAGAAUGGCCAAGUUAUUGUCCCUUACAGAAAAGCACAACAGUUAGCCAAUAAAUGACAUAUCACAGUCAAUAGAGAAAGGUCUGACGGCUGAACAUCUAGCAAUGAUUUUUGAUCAAGUGAUCACUGAUACGGCUCUUUAGUCCCAAUUACUGCACCAUCUAAAGGCUUUUUUUUUUUGCUGCAAGUUCCCCUUGUACAAAAUAGGCAUAUUGGAGGGUUAUUCAGCACUAUAAAAAGGACCCUAAAGCUCAGAUUCCAUGACAUGCAAUAAAGACUUCAUUGUCUAGACCAGUGCUUCUUAAUGUGUGAGGUCAGCUUCACUGGUGUGAGGCACAGCUGAGGAGGCAGCUUUCAUAAAGCCACCAUAAGGGCAUGUUCACAUGGCAGAAUAUUUGUGGAGUGUCUGCCUGUAAAACACUUAUCUGCAGGUACUAUUGCCACUCAGAAAUGAGUCAACUCCAUAGACAGUAAUACAUUUCCAAGCAAAGUCCCCAAAAGAAUUGACUUGUCAACUGGAGGCUGGAAUUGGAGUCUCCCCAGGAGAUGUUUCCACCAUGGGCACAGUGCAGCAGAAUCCCAUAGAAAGCAAUGGAGUUUUUAACUGGAAUAUUCCGGCAGAUUCUGCUCAGAAAUUAAGUUGUGUCAACCUGCCCAUUCCUUCCCCUGGUUAUAACAAUCUCUUCUUUUGCACCACUGAUUUAUUUUGUGCUUAGUGUUAUAAAUAUUGUCUCAAACUCUGUAUAAUUGUUACAUUGACUUCCAUUACAGAUGAUUAGGUCCAGAUAGAAAAAGCAGCACACAGUCAGGGUAGUACGAGGUGGGUGCAACUCAGUGGGAGACCCUGGUCACUGAACGCCAAACUUCGAGUAGAAAAACACUGCAGCACUCC